AAAGCCACGUGGGUGAAAUUGAUCAAGAUGGCUAUGUUUUCUGACGACUUAUUCAACGUUUUUGAGGAGACAUCAGAGCCCAAGGAGCCUAAAAUUAAGAAGAGAUCAAGAGGAGACAAUGUGAAGAGCGGUGAUACUAGCAAGAAGGCUAAAGUGAUGGAGGGCAGUGAAGCUGGCCCCUCAAAUGCUUCUGCCGAUGAUGUGAUCGAGGAUUCACAAGAGGAAGAAAUGUUGGAUGCACUCCCUGUACCCCAGAAGAAGGCCCCCUUGUUCUCAGAGCAGGCUCAGAUAGUCACCGUGGACACCCUAGAAGGACUGCUCUGUACACAUCAGGUUGCUGUGCCUCCCAUUUAUGAAUACCAGCCAUUGAAACCAAUGUCUGCCACUCCAGCAAAGGAGUACCCGUUCGUACUGGAUCCAUUCCAGAAGGAGGCGCUGCGAUGCAUCGAGAACUACCAGUCAGUGUUGGUGUCGGCACACACCUCAGCGGGGAAGACAGUGGUGGCAGAGUACGCCAUUGCUCUCUCGCUCAAGGACACACAGAGGGUCAUCUACACCACACCCAUCAAGGCCCUGAGCAAUCAGAAGUAUCGGGAGAUGCAGGAACUGUUCAAAGACGUUGGGCUAAUGACUGGCGACGUCACCAUCAACCCCAGUGCAUCGUGCAUCGUCAUGACGACAGAGAUUCUGAGAAGUAUGCUCUACCGAGGGUCUGAGGUUAUGCGAGAAGUGGGAUGGGUGAUAUUUGACGAGAUCCACUACAUGAGGGACCCAGAGCGAGGAGUGGUGUGGGAGGAAGCCAUCAUUCUCCUGCCAGACAAUGUGCAUUACGUCUUUCUCUCUGCCACCAUACCUAAUGCACGACAGUUUGCAGAGUGGAUCUGUCAUCUACACAACCAACCUUGUCAUGUGGUGUACACUGAGUUUCGACCCACCCCCCUCCAACACUACAUCUACCCUAAUGGAGCGGAUGGCCUCUACCUUGUCAAAGAUGAGAAGGAUAAUUUCCGAGAUGAUAAUUUCCAGUUGGCCAUGUCCAAAAUGCAAAGUGGAAGUGGGGGUGCGCGUGACCCGGGUGGGCGGGGAAGGAAGGGAGGUCAGAGGGGAUCCAACAUGUUCAGGGUGGUGAAGAUGAUCAUGGAGAAGCAGCUGCAGCCGGUGAUUGUGUUCAGCUUCAGUAGGCGAGACUGCGAAGCCUACGCUCUGCAAAUGUCCAAGCUCGACUUCAACACAGCGGAUGAGAAGAGCCUUGUGGCUGAAGUGUUCACGAAGGCCAUCGACUGUCUAUCAGACGAGGACAAGAAACUGCCUCAGGUAGAGCACGUCCUUCCUCUGCUGAAGAGAGGAAUCGGGAUCCAUCACUCUGGACUUCUCCCUCUGCUCAAAGAGACUACAGAGAUUCUGUUCCAGGAAGGACUUAUCAAAGUACUGUUUGCUACUGAGACGUUUGCCCUGGGGCUAAACAUGCCGGCUAGAACAGUGGUAUUCACCAGUGCACGAAAGUUUGAUGGCAAGGAGUUUAGAUGGAUCACAUCAGGGGAAUACAUCCAGAUGAGUGGGCGUGCUGGUAGGCGUGGUCUGGACGACCGUGGGAUCUGUAUGCUCAUGAUUGAUGAGCAGAUGGAUGCCAAUGUGGGCAAGGACAUACUCAAGGGCCAACCUAAUGCGCUGAACUCGGCAUUCCACCUGACAUACAACAUGGUGCUGAACCUGCUGAGAGUAGAGGAGAUCAAUCCGGAGUACAUGCUCGAGAGGUCUUUCUACCAGUUUCAGAACAACACAGCCAUGCCUGUCAAGCAGCAGAAGGUGAAAGCCCUAGAGACCAAGCGGGACGCCAUAGUGAUCAAAAACGAGGAGAAUGUUACCGCCUAUUAUCGUAUACGCCAGCAGCUGAAAAAACUUGGCAAGGAGUUACAAUUGUACAUUGUACAGCCUAUUUACUGUGUGCCAUUCCUGCAAUCCGGGCGUUUAGUGCGGGUGGAGAUAGAGGAGAUUGAUUUUGGAUGGGGCUGCAUCAUCAACUAUCAGAAGAAGACAAACUUGAAGAACACCUCAGAGACUAUCUACGUUGUGGAGGUGCUGCUGUGUAUCUCCACUGAGUCGGCCAGUAACAGAACAGUGCCACGCCCCCCUCUAUCCAAUGACAAGGGGGAAAUGCAGGUGAUUCCACUGACCCUCUCCCAAUUGUCCAAGCUGAGCUCAGUGAGGAUCUACCUGCCUAAGGACCUUCGAUCAGGGGACAGCAAGCAUGCAGUGAAGAAGUCCAUUCUUGAGGUACAGAAGAGGUUUCCUGAUGGUCUGCCACUGCUCGAUCCUGUCGAGGACAUGCACAUCACAAAGGAGGAGUUCAAGAAGAUAGUUCGUAAGAUAGAGACUCUGGAGGCUCGGAUGUAUGCUGGCUCUGCCCACAAAAUGGCCGACCUGGAUGAGAACUACAACCUAUGUGGGGAAAAAAUAGAGCUUGAUGCUGAGAUUAGUACUGCUAAGAGGGAGUUAAAAAAAGCACAGACCAUCAUGCAAAUGGAUGAACUCAAGAGCAGAAAAAGAGUGCUAAGACGGUUGGGCUAUGCUAAUGCAACUGACGUGAUAGAGGUAAAAGGAAGAGUGGCUUGUGAGAUCAGCAGUGGUGAUGAGCUACUGUUGACGGAGCUGAUAUUUAAUGGUGCCUUCAACGCUCUGUCAGUGGAACAAGCCGUAGCUCUUCUCUCCUGCUUCGUAUUCGAAGAAAAGGCUGAUGAGAUUCCUCGACUAACAGAGGAGUUGGCCACGCCCCUCAAAAUGAUGCAGGACUCUGCCCGAAGGAUAGCGAGGGUGGCGGUGGAGGCUAAACUUCCUUUGGAGGAGGACAAGUACGUGGAGAAAUUCAGACCUCAUCUCAUGGACGUAGUGCACGCUUGGGCAACGGGCUCCUCGUUCGCCCAGAUAUGCAAAAUGACGGAUGUGUUUGAGGGCAGUGUGAUUCGGUGCAUGCGCCGGCUAGAGGAACUGAUGAGGCAAAUGUGUCAGGCCUCCAAGGCCAUCGGAAACACUGAACUAGAAAACAAGUUUGCUGAAGGAAUUGUUAAGAUCAAGAGAGAUAUUGUGUUUGCUGCUAGCUUAUACCUUUGACCGUUUCAUUUACUGUCUGUCCAGCUGUACUUUUGUGAGUCAUUCAAUUGGUAUAUACUUGUUUACUGUCUA